UUGACAGUGCAGUUUUACUUUGAGAAGAGGAACAUGGAAACUAUGGGUUUGGUUAGUUUCGGACGGUAUAUUUGUUCACAUUUGUCUUUGCUACUACUAAUUGUCCUCCCGCUUGGCCAACACACUGUGGAGGGAGUCUGGCCAUUACCUCAGACGUUUACCUCCUCGAAUGAGCAAUACCCCGUGAACCCACAAGCCUUCUACUUUGGAUACGGAAGACAAUCGGCCGCACAGCGGGGCUGCUCGGUUUUGGAUGCUGCGUUCAUCAGAUAUUACUCUCUUAUUUUUCCAGACUACACUGGAAAUGAUGUUCUGCGAUUCUUUGAGGAUAAACCAUUUCAUAUUGAGAUCAAUGUUGACCAUGAUGAUUGUGAGAGUUACCCACAUGAAGACUCAUCUGAGAAGUACAAUCUGAGUGUCUCUGCUGGACAAGCAUCACUGAAUGCGGAAACUGUGUGGGGUGCAGUAAGAGGUCUGGAAACCUUCAGUCAGCUGGUGUAUCAAGAUGAUUUUGGUUCAUAUUUUGUGAACCAGACUGAGAUUGACGACUUCCCCCGGUUUCAGUUCAGGGGAAUUUUGUUGGACACUUCACGUCACUUCAUACCAGUGCAUGUCAUUUUAAAAACUUUGGAUGCAAUGGCCUACAGUAAGUUCAAUGUGUUUCAUUGGCACAUUGUUGAUGACCCCUCCUUCCCUUACCAGAGCCAGACCUUUCCAGACCUUUCCCGUAAGGGGGCUUUCCAUCCAAUGACUCACAUCUACACACAAUCAGAUGUGAGAAGAGUGAUCUCACAUGCCAGGCUGUGGGGAAUUAGGGUUAUUCCUGAGUUUGAUUCACCCGGUCACACCAAAUCAUGGGGAAAAGGGCAGCCUGACCUGUUGACCCCCUGCUACAGUGGGGCCACUCCUUCAGGUGCUUUUGGUCCUGUAAAUCCAACGUUACCCUCCACCUACAAGUUCAUGGCGACACUAUUGAAGGAAGUGUCAUUGGUGUUUCCUGACUCCUAUAUCCACUUAGGAGGGGAUGAGGUGAACUUUUCUUGCUGGAAAUCCAACCCGGAUGUUCGAGCAUUCAUGCAGAAGAUGGGAUUUGGAGUUAGUUUCACCAAACUGGAAGCAUUCUACAUGGAGCACAUUAUGAAUAUCACUUCAUUACUCAACAAGACAGCUAUCGUCUGGCAAGAUGUGUUUGACUACCAUGAAGUAAUUCCUAAGGACACAGUGCUGCACAUCUGGAAGGGUACCCCAGCUAAUUAUAAGAGAGAGCUCAGCAAGAUGACCAAAGCUGGCAUGAGGGUCCUGCUGGCUGCCCCUUGGUACAUCAACCACAUUUCCUAUGGCCAGGACUGGCGUAACUACUACAACGUGCAGCCACUGAACUUUUCUGGUACUGCGGAACAGAAGAAGCUGGUGAUCGGAGGUGAAGUCUGCAUGUGGGGGGAGUAUGUUGAUGCCACCAAUCUCACUCCACGUCUUUGGCCAAGGGCAAGUGCUGCAGCAGAGAGACUUUGGAGUGAUGAGAAGCAGACCUCCAGUGUGGACAAGGCAUUUCCUCGCUUGCAGGACUUUCGCUGCAAGCUCGUGAGGCGUGGCAUCAGAGCAGAGCCUCUGUAUGUUGGACACUGCAAACAUGAGUACCAAGGUGUUUGAAGAUGUUGGAUGGGUUAACAAUGCAAGGUUUUUACAGGGAAUGAAGCUCAAAGCUGCCUUUAAAAAAAAAACUGUGACAUUUAUAUAUUGUUUCUAUAUAGUAUAUUAAAAACAGUAUUCAGACAUUAAAAUGUUUUCUCAGGGACUUAUCUCAUUACAUAGACACUCAAUCUUCUUUUGCAUUAACUGUAGUUAUUUAGUAAUGUGCAUUAAUAGUUCCGAGAAGUACCAACCAUGAAAAUGUGGUAUGGGGGAAGUGAAGCUAACUGUUGCUAUGUUUAUUUUGAUACAUUAGGUGUGGAUCAUUUAUAUGGAUUGCAAUCAUUUGAAAAUCAUUAAUAUCUUUGGAUUGGUGAAAUCAUGUAGAUAUUUAUUGUACAUAUAUCUACAUAUACAUAUACACAUUUGAGGCUAAUUGGAGGGAGAAGGUGUAUAUAAGAAGCUAAUGUAGUUGGUUUUGAGAGACUGGUGGGAACUGGUUGGUGAUGCCGAAUCUUUGCUGUGGUGUUAAACUGUGAAAGAAUAAAUUAAGCUUCAUCUGAAAUCUC